AUGUCGAAACUUAAAGUACGUACUAGUGCUGAACAAGCUGAAGCAAAGAGAAAAGAAAAAGAGAAGAAAGUGAAGAUUUUCUUGAAAUAUGAUGAGAGAAACUUUCAUUGCUGGGACUAUCGUCGUUACGUCAUUAAGAAGGGGGGAUAA